ACAGCUGGCGCUCACCGCCUCUGGGCCCACAAAACCUACAAGGCCACCCUCCCCCUUCAGAUACUCCUGAUGCUGCUCCAAUGCUUCGCCUGCCAGUACUCCAUCUUCCACUGGGCUAGAGACCAUAGACUCCAUCAUAAGUUCUCUGACACGGACGGAGAUCCUCAUAACGCGACUAGAGGAUUCUUCUUUUCGCAUAUUGGGUGGUUACUGGUUAAAAAGCACCCGGAAGCAAAGAAGAGGAUGAGGACGAUUGAUGUGUCGGAUCUUAAGGAGAAUAAGGUGUUGAUGUUUCAGAAAAAAUAUUCAACCCCAUUCAUCGGCACAAUCUGUUUCAUCUUACCAACCCUCUUCCCCAUGUACUUCUGGAACGAGACCUUUGCCUCAGCAUGGCACCUGACGAUCCUCCGAGUGAUAUUAUCACUCCACGCCACAUUCCUGGUCAACAGCGCAGCCCACGCCUUUGGGAAUAAACCUUACGACAGAAACAUCACACCUUCGCAGAACAUCUCAGUAUCUUUAGCAACUUUAGGGGAAGGAUACCACAAUUACCAUCACGUUUUCCCCUGGGAUUAUAGAGCUGCAGAACUGGGCAAUAAUGCUUUAAACUUUACUACACUUUUCAUAGAUUUUUUCGCCUGGCUUGGGUGGGCGUAUGACUUGAAAGCUGUUGGAAAUGACGUCAUAGCUAAGAGGGCAGAGAGAACUGGAGAUGGGACCAAUCUUUGGAGAUGGGGAGAUAAGGAUAUGCAUAAGGAACACGAGGAUAUUGCUAAAGUGUUGUGUAAAGGACAGUAA